CGAGGCCAUGAGAGCUUGACCAAAUCUCCCCCAAGAACAUCAUCAACCAUGUCGGUCGCACGGUCGAGAGUUGUGGAUCUCAUGAAGACGCAAUGCAAGAUCUUUUCGACAACCUUCAACCCGGAAGGAGUUCGAACCGGUAACAAGAUUCUGCGACAGCGACUAAAGGGCCCGGCGCUGGCAGCAUAUUACCCGCGGAGAGUUGUGACUUUAAAUGACCUCCAAAAGGCAUACCCGGAGCUGAAGACGUGGAACGAGAAGGAGGAGGAACGCCUGGAGAGUGUUGCCAUUACCAAAGCUCGUGGAAAGGGCGCGCCAAAGAAGAAGCGCACGGCAGCAGAGUCCAAGAAGUUCAAGGGCAAGAAGAAGGUCACCACCGAGGAGGCUUGAGAUGGGGCGUGGCCUGUAUAUUAGUGUAUAAUGGCAUUGACGGCGUUUGGAAACCGGGGGUAUAUCAGAUUCAUAAACAGUUCCUGUGUAAAUCAAAUACUUUUAUGAUUAUACAACAGUUCGAUCAGAAAACA